CCUUCUCAGCUUCCCGCUGCAUGUCUGAGCAAAACAUUCAAACUUUCAGUUUCUUGCUGAGUGGAUUUUACUGAGGACUGGACGGAAGCAGCUGCGCCUAAUGUCGGACACAACUCCCGCUUUCUCUUCCUCCGCCUGAGGAAUGAAAAGUGCGUGAAGCUGCGGACUCCGCGUCUCCCGCAGACGCCCCCCGGGCUGAAGGUGGCGCCGUCACGUCUCCUGGUUGUCUCUGCGCACUGACUGGGCCAUCACCGUCUGGAGGCGGAGUCAGCCCGACUGGGUCAUGUGGUAACCAGGACUCCACUCUGAGGACAAGAUGUCUGCCGGUGCAGGCUCCGCCCCCCGGCGCCAUCCGUGGAUCUGGUGUUUCCUGGCUCUGGUCACAGCUCCUCCAGGAGGUCAAGGGGGUGACCUGAUGGAGCCGUGUGGUGGGCGGGACUGCACCACCUGCCAGUGUUUACCUGCCAAAGGAGCCAGAGGUUUCCCAGGUCUUCUGGGUCCGCAGGGGCCUGAGGGGCCUCCAGGCUUCCCGGGCAGACAGGGUCUUCCAGGGCAGAAGGGCGGUAGAGGAGCCGAGGGGCCGAUGGGAGGUUAUGGGAUAAAAGGAGAUGAAGGCCCCGCCGGUCUGCACGGUUUUCCGGGUCUGGACGGAGUCUCGGGCCUCCCCGGCCCGGCUGGAGGGCCUGGACAUCCAGGUCUGGAUGGAUGCAACGGAACCAGAGGAAACCGGGGCUAUCUGGGGUUUCCAGGAGAACAGGGCUCUAAUGGAGAACCGGGUUUUACUGGUCCGAAGGGACUUAAAGGAGAACCAUCGGCCGACUUCAUCCAGUACCCCGGAGUUCCUGGCGAGGCCGGGCCCAGCGGACUGCCAGGCCUGCCGGGGGAAGACGGUCUGCCGGGACCAACCGGACCCGCGGGUCCAACCGGAUCAGCGGGAAUCGCUGGCUCUCCUGGUUCACCCGGACCGAGGGGCCCGCCUGGUCAAAAAGGUCGAUUACUGCCGGGACCGAAAGGAGACGAGGGGGACCAGGGCCCCCAGGGGCCUCCGGGGCCCUUCGAGUACAUUGACCCUCCAGAGGACUUGUACAUCAAAGGGGAGAAGGGAUCUCCAGGGGAACCAGGACUGCGUGGCGUUCAGGGACUCCCGAGUCGGGAUGCGCCGCCUGGGAUCAAAGGAGAGACGGGGAUCGUUGGAUUUCCAGGAGCCAGAGGGGAUUCUGGUCGACCCGGUCCGUCCGGACGGAAAGGCGCCCGGGGGAUGAGAGGGAGCCAAGGUCUCCCAGGACUGAUAGGUCAAGAAGGUUUCAAGGGCUUUGCUGGUGAUCCGGGCCCCGAAGGCCCCCCUGUGAUCGAUGAUGUCACUCACAUGGGUGAGGCCGGGGACCCUGGGCUCCCCGGGGGGAGGGGCCCUGUUGGCGACACGGGGCCAAUGGGAACGCUCGGUCCCCCAGGAAUCCCAGGAUCAUCAACACCAGGACUGAAAGGUUUUGAUGGUCCAAAGGGAGAACCUGGGUACAAAGGGGAGAGAGGAGAGCCGGGUCAGACUACAGACGAAGUGGCACAUGGAGAACCUGGAAAACCAGGACAGCGGGGACAACGAGGGCCGAAGGGACUGCAGGGCCUCCCAGGAACGGUCUGUCUUAAAGGGGACAUGGGAGACAUGGGAGACCCAGGGGACAGAGGCUUUCCAGGACCCAGAGGCGAUGAAGGCUUUAAAGGUGUUCCUGGUGAAUGUCGAUGUAAAUCUGUUGACCUGAAGGGCCCUCCAGGGCCUCCAGGGGCCGAAGGGCGUAAAGGGUCAACAGGUCAGCCCGGAUCCCCAGGCCCCAAAGGAAGGGUGGGUCACCCUGGAGACCCAGGAGCGAAGGGGCCCCAGGGACCGAAGGGCUUCAGGGGACCCGACGGCCAGAAAGGACGGAAAGGUUUCACUGUGAACGGCUGGAAAGGUGAAAAGGGAGAAAAGGGCAGGAGGGGCCGCGAAGGGCCCCCAGGAGCCUGGGGGGCAGUCGGACCCCCGGGGCGCCCAGGACCACCUGGAGAUCCGGGACUUAAGGGGGACAUUGUCCCUUCUUUCCCUGGAAACAAAGGCUUCCCUGGACCCCCGGGACCAGAUGGAUUCCCGGGGCGCCCGGGUCCCCCUGGAGUCGUGGUGGUGGGGCCCCCUGGGGCGCGAGGGCCCCCUGGAGACCCGGGACCUGAUGGAUUUCCUGGACCACCUGGAAUGAAGGGAGAUCCAGGAGACCGAGGCCCCUGUGUGUUGAAUCCCGGCCGUCCGGGGCCAAAGGGAGACCGUGGACCACCAGGUGGCCCAGGUCCUCCCGGUGCUAGAGGCACCGCUGGCGUCCGAGGGCCGGACGGGCCUAAAGGGGACCCGGGACUGUCUUAUGCUCCAGGACCGCCUGGGGACCCAGGACCUCCAGGUGCUGACGGAGAUCCUGGAGAUGUCGGAAACGACAGUUGUUGUUCCCCUGGAAGUCCAGGUUCUCCGGGGCCGAUGGGCCGCCCUGGGUUCCCCGGACCAAGUGGCAAUACUCAGAGUGGCCCCCAGGGGCCCAGAGGCUGGCCUGGACCGCCGGGGUCCCCAGGACGUAAAGGACGCCUCGGCGCGCCGGGCAACCCGGGAGCGCCAGGUCCCCAGGGGCCUUUUGGGUUCCCUGGAGUGAAGGGACACAAAGGAAAUGCCGGCGUCCCUGGCCGACCAGGCCCCCAGGGACCCACAUCAGACGACUGUAAGGCGGGGAGGCCUGAUGAGGGCCCCCCAGGCCCUCAGGGACCUCGUGGCCCUCAGGGACCUCGUGGCCCUUGCGGUUAUAGAGGUGAACCUGGGGAUAAAGGGCUCCCAGCUUUUGGUCCAAAAGGCAAGAUGGGAGAACCUGGAGUUCCAGGGUCUCCAGGAAAACAAGGAUGUAAGGGGCCCCAAGGCCCUCUUGGGGACACUGGCCCAAUGGGGCCCUUUGGUGGGAAAGGUCUGACUGGACCCGGGGGUUUUGAAGGAAGGCCAGGUUUUCCAGGAAACCAGGGCAAUCCUGGAGGCCCAGGCAACCCCGGAGAGCGGGGACCUAAUGGAGAAGAUGGAGAUCGGGGUUGUGCUGGCCCAAAGGGAACAAAAGGUAACAAAGGUUGUGCCGGUCCUCCAGGAGAACUCAUUCAAAUACCUGAGAAGGGCCCAAGAGGACCACCAGGACGCCCCGGCGAGCACGGAUUCUCCGGACCACGAGGAGACAAAGGUGUGAGUGGAUACCCAGGGAAUACUGGGUAUCCAGGUCCCGAUGGAAUCCCAGGUUGUAAGGGAUCUCAGGGACCCCAAGGGCCCCAGGGUAAGCAAGGCCCACCUGGACCUCCAGGAACCAAAGGACAUCAAGGAUACUUCGGAUUUCCUGGGCUGAAUGGAGAACCGGGUGACCCAGGAUAUCCGGGCCCCCCUGGAAGACCUGGUAAUCCAGGAUAUCGUGGACCUAAAGGUGAAAACGGAGAUGCCUUUGGUGGGCCUGGGCCACCUGGAGAUAAGGGCCAUCCUGGGGACCGAGGCCCUGAUGGCCCUAGUGGCCCUACAGGAGAUCAGGGGCCCAAAGGCAUCUCUGGGCCACAAGGACAGAAAGGAUGCAAGGGGCACAAAGGAUCACAAGGAUACCCCGGAGAACCAGGUGUGGCUGGUCCUCCAGGGCCCAGAGGUUACCUGGGGCUUCGAGGGCCUCCUGGUCGAGAUGGAGCGGACGGUCCCCCGGGGAGGGAUGGUAACCCAGGAAACAAAGGAACUCCAGGGGCAUCAGGUCUUCAUGGAUUAGAUGGACUGAGUGGACGGAAAGGUUCCAAGGGGUCCAAAGGUGUAUGUCCAGGCAACGGUAAAUGUGAAAAAGGCCGUCCAGGCCCUCCAGGCCCUAAAGGUCCUCCAGGUCCUCCAGGUCCCUCUUGUCCACCCAAGAUCGGCCCACCAGGACCCAAAGGCCCAACAGGGUCCAAAGGGUCUCCAGGUGAUGAUGGACCGCCGGGUCCACCUGGAAGCAACUGUAAAAACCCCAAACCGGGGCCAUAUGGGGAUCCUGGUGACAUGGGCCCAGAUGGAGAUCCAGGUUGUCCUGGUGAUAUGGGAGAUCCUGGUCCAAAUACACCAAACUGUGGGAACAAAGGAGACACCGGUGAUCCAGGGUACUCAGGGCCAAAAGGACCCCGUGGAUAUCCAGGGCCACCCGGACCACCAGGCAACCCUGGAAACCAAGGGCCCAAAGGUAUGAGAGGCGACUUGGGUUUCCUGGGCAUCCCUGGAGAACAGGGUGCGAGGGGUCACCCAGGUUACCCAGGGCCCAAAGGAAGGCCUGGAUGCAAAGGAUCAGAUGGGCCAAAGGGGCAGAAAGGCCGAAUUUUCUCAAAUGGCCCUCCGUCCCGACCGAUUAGGGGCCCUAGAGGGCCACCUGGCCGCCCUGGACCUAGCGGAGAUUGGGGCCUUAUGGGCGAAAUUGGCCCCAGAGGUAGAAAUGGAAUGAAGGGGGAUCCUGGAGCUGAUGGAGUAAUAGGACGCCAGGGGCGAGAAGGUUCCCCGGGACAGAUGGGAGAGCCAGGCCAGCCUGGAGAGAACGGAGUUCUGGGAGAAAGAGGUGAUCCAGGUCCCCCUGGUGACCCAGGUCUACCGGGGCCGGCCGGAGGCACCAAACCAGGGUUCCUGUUGGUGAAACACAGCCAAUCAAGCAAUGAACCAACAUGUCCGCCGAAUACGCAUCUGCUUUGGACUGGAUACAGCCUGCUGUACCUGGAGGGCCAGGAGAAGGCGUACUCCCAGGAUCUGGGUCAGGCCGGUUCCUGCGUUCCCCUGUUCUCCACCUUACCGUUCUCCGUCUGCGAGGCCAAAAAGUGCAAAUACGCCAAUCGAAAUGACAAAUCCUAUUGGCUGUCGACGAUGAUGCCGCAUCCAGACAAUCCAUUCAGUGGAGAUACCAUCAAGGAGUACAUCAGCCGCUGCGUGGUGUGUGAGGCGCCCUCUGCUGCCGUGGCCAUGCAUGACCCCAACUCCAGAGAGCCGCCACGCUGUCCCCCCCACUGGAGCCGGCUGUGGACCGGAUACUCCUUCAUCAUGUUUUCAGGUGGUGGUGAUGAGGGCGGUGGCCUCUCUCUGACCUCGCCAGGCAGCUGCCUGUCGCAGUUCAAAGCUCAGCCCUUCGUGGAGUGCCAGGGCGCGCGGGGAACCUGCCAUUUCUUCGCCAACAUCUACAGCUUCUGGCUGACCACCCAGAGCGGCACUGAGGGGGCGCUGACCGACUCCGACCAGCAGAGGGCGCACGUCGCCCAGUGCAGCGUCUGCAUCCGCAUGUGAGGCGCAGCAGAGCGGCGCUAGAGAGACUGGCGCCUUAAAGAUGGUGGCGGGGUGCGAAUGAGGCUUUUAUUUUGAAGGGGAGGUCCCAGCUGCCGAAAUGCUGAUCAGGAGCGAGUGGGAGCAGUGGCACCAACAUGGCGACUGGAAAAAUAUUUAGUUUUAAUUUUUAAAAUGGCCGAGCGUGUGCUGACUUCCUGCAGGCGGAUUUUACUAAAACAAAUUAGAGAAUAAAAACUAUUGGAUGCUGAGUCAUGAGUAUUAGAGUCAAAUUUAAUCAGAUUAAAGGUCAAAAAGUCACAAGCAAAACAAAAUCAAGAGCUUUAGUGAUUUCAGGUCCUCCUUUCUCUCAGUUUUCCCUCAUUAGGUGUUAAACCGGAUCAGAACCAGAACCUUCUCUGAAGUUCACUUCAUGGCCAGAAACAGAGACGCAAGAGCUUUAAAAGUUCACAGUUUAGUUCCAGCUAAAAACGGAGUUUAAAGUUUUUUUAAAUGUUGGCCAAUAUUUUCCUGUUUAACACGAUUCACCUUCAAUGUUUUUCUGGUUUUUAUCCUCAUAUUUUGUUCAUUCAGUUCAUUUUAAUUCAAAAUUCUUUAUUGAUCCCAUAGAGAAAUGAAAUGUAGUUUCUGACAGUGAUGCUGCAGGCAGGAAGGAUCUCCAGUAGCAGUCAGGGUUCCAACGAUUCUGCAGAGGCAUCUGACUGAAGACUGCUGCUGUGUGACAUGCUAACAUGCUAACACGCAGGCAGAGAUGAUAUUCCACAGCAACAUAUCCUGGGUGACAUCAUCAGUUGUUAGCUAGCGAUGCUAAUCCACUUCCUUUGCUUUGCUGCUCCUCUCUAAGUCUCUGCCUGGCCGUUUGGUCAGAAAGAUGUUGGAGUAGGGGAUCCAACCCUAAAGUCAGUUGAAACUCUGGAGUUUGAACUUCAUCCAUUUUGUUUGCCAAAGGUCUCUGAUUGGCCGUCACGAUGGAGGGAAGAGAUGGUCUGAACUUCCUCCUUUUCAGCUCCGUUGGGAUCUGGGGUCAAAGUUCAGGUGUUAGCUUUAGACAUACUAACCUUCCUUUAGCAAGCUAGUUGUGUCGGUCUCUGCUGUGUAUUUAUGUCCAUCAUCAGGGCGGAGCCUUGCGCCUGACCCUGGCAGCCCAUUGGCUGCUGUGACCUUUCUCUCAGGCGCUAAGCCCCGCCCCCAGCUGCACCGGUGACCGCUCUGAUUGGUUGGCUAGGAGGCAGCAACGGUAAACAAGUCGCUGUUUUGUGUUGUAUGGAAAGCUGUGAAUACUUUUUUCAUAUCUUUGAUCGGCUUUAAUGUUUAUGAACCAGUAGAAAGAACUUCAUGUGUGUUUGUGUUCAGGAUUUUCAGAGUAAAACAAAAUAAUCAGUUUUAAACUCAAAGUUCAGAAUGAUGAGCAGCAGAAAAGACCGGAGGUCCAAAACAAGGAAAAACCAGGAACUUCUGUUCAGUUUUCUGGUUCUGGUUCUGUUGGAUUCCUUAGUGACCUGUAAAUAUGUUUGAUCUCAACUGUUUUAUUAGUUUUCUGUAAAUUUCAGUAUUUAUUUAGACUUCAAAUUAAUGCUGGUGCUAUUUCAUUUUUGUCUCUUAUUUUGGUAAAUGAUGACAGGAUGUAACCCCAUCCUGAUCCUCCGCCAAAAUAAAGUAGUUACCUAACAAAUAAUGGAUUUCUCACAAUUUCUCAAGUUGUGAAGCGCACUUAUAAACUGGAUAAUGCCCAAAGUGACUGAAAUUUAGAUUUAUGAACAAACUCUGGAGGAAUAACUGUUGUAAGACUACAUUUCCCAUGAUCCCUUUGUUUUUAUUUUGUUUUUAUUCUAAUUGAAGCUGCUGGUUAUAUUUUAUUGUCUGUAGGAGGAAACUUCCCACUGACACUCCUGAAACAUUUCUACUUCCUUUGGAUGGAAAACCCAAUAAACUGCAUCAAAAUGUU